AUGGUAUUAAACUCUAUGUAUGCUAUACAUAAUGUAAAUAGAACAUCGUAUAAGGCUUUUGAGCUGUUUGUUGUUUAUCAUUAUAGCGAAUUUCAGAAUUGCAAAUAUUUUCCUAAAACUGAAACUUUAGCAUUUCAUUUUUUAGUUGAUAAAAUAAUGUCUUUAAAAACAUUACCAAUACUGUUUUUAAAUCUUGGUGGAGAAAUGAUGUACAUUCUCGAUCAGAGACUAAGAGCACAAAAUAUAGCAGAAGAAAAAGCCAAGAAAGUAAUGCAUGACAUUUUAUCAACAAUGUUAAACAAAAGAUUUAUGGAUGAGUUAUUUAAACCACAGGAUGCAUACUCUAAGAAAGCAAUGAGGACAGUGUUUGAUCGUCUUGCACAUGCUUCCAUAAUGCGUCUGAAUGCAGCAAGCAUGGAUAAGCUCUACGAUUUGAUGACGAUGGCAUUAAAAUAUCAGGUCAGUCUUAGCAAACAGCCAUAUGAUGUGCUGAUGGUGACAUUGAAUCACAUGGAUGCAAUAAGAGAGUUUGCAAGAGGAAACGAAGCUAUCUUGAUACAAAUUGAGAAUGUGUAUGCAUUAAUAAAAGAGAAUUAUGAGAAUUUAACAAUUGGUCAGUUUCAGUUAAUUCGACAGACAUUACUAUCGUUCUUUCAAGAUAUGCACAUUAGAGUUUCCAUAUUUUUAAAAGACAACGUCCAGACCAGUAAUGGCAGAUUCAUCUUACCGAAAAAUGGCCAAGUUCCAUGGGGAAGUGAUACUCCUGGAGCUAUAAGGUUUUUUGAUGAAUCUGGUAUGCAGAGAAGUGUUUCGACAUUUGAAAUUGAACAGAAGUAUCAAUUAGCAGAUAAGAUUGGCACUUUUGAGUUGCUUGGAGAUCGUGUCACGAAAUAUGGAUGUAACAUGUACAAAGCGUCAAGAAACAUCGACACGACGAUAGCUCAGCCACCUUCAAGAAAUACUGGAGUUACUCGUUCUAAACCAGAACGUGACGAUGUGGCAGAUGAUUUGGCGAAAGCGGAAUUGAAUUUAUUGGAAUAUUUGAUAUCUGGAAAAAAACCGGAAGGAAAAGCAGACUUCCGAUUGAAUUUAUUUGAUACUGACAAGGAGGAAGAAAACGCUGAAGAAGUAUACGCGCAAAUAAGAAGAGAAAUUGUUGUAGAUGCAUCCCAGCGCCAACAAAGACAGGAAUUAAAAAAUCUCAUGAAUGAAUUUUCAAUUGAUCCUUCAAAAUCAGAAAGCGAUGGUGAUGAUUUGUUAGCUUUAAUGGAUUCAACUUCAAAGUAAUUAAUGCAUAUCGAGAAAACGUAUCAUGGCGUGAUUAAGCGAGAUAUGUCUAAAAAAAAAAUCUAAACAAGCGAGACAUAUUUUAUCCAAAUGUGUAAUAUAUUGUUGAAAAAUGUAAUUAUCUAUUAUACAGUUGACUCUCGAUAA